CGAAUAUAUUUUUGGGAUUUUUCAUGCAUUUUUUUCCAUCUUUAUUGAUUUUGUUACUUGGAAUAUUUGUAUUAAAGCCUAUUCCAGUGCUUUUAAAGUCGGAUAAGAAUAUACAAGAAUCUUCAUCUAAAAUGAGGGAAAGAGCUAAAUUAUCUUUUGUUGUAUCUAAAAGAUCAGACGUCUCUUUAAGAAAUUCAACCGAUUUAACUUUGAAUGUAAAUAACAAAACAAUAACGAUGCCGAAUUUACAUAAUACAACUCAAACAAGGCCUGAUAUUCCACCUAAACAAAAAGCAUCUAAUAUGACAGGGCAUGGAAAUAACUCGUCUGGAAUAGCUUCUGAGAAUAAUUUAUCUAACAAAACUCUUUCAGACAAAUUAUCUAACAAAACUCUUUCAGACAAAUUAUCCAAUGAAACAUCUAUACCUGGUUCAGCUAAUUCAUUUAAUGCGUCUUUGCAGAGUCCCAAUGCUAAUGGAACUUCAUUAACUCCUGUAAAUAAUAAAGAGAUUGAAUCUAUACAAAAUAAAACUAUUUCUGUAGUUACAAAAACGCUGUAUUCUGCAUUAACUACAGUAUUAAAGAUUGAAACGCAUGUUUCAGUAAGCACUACGACAAGUAUUUCGACAAGUAUUUCGACAAGUAUUUUGACAACUACUAUAACAAAUACUGCAACAAAUACUGUGACAAAUUUAUUAACAAAAACUGUUGAUAAAUCUUAUAAUACUACAACUCUUGCAGAAACUUCUUCUUCAGCUUCUGCUACUUCUACAGCUGUGGAAACAGAUUCAAUGGAUAUUCAUCAUUAUGAGAUGGAGACUACUAAAAAUAAAAGUUUAUUUGGAGAAGGAUCUUUAAUAGCGAUAUUGAUACCAUCGGCUGUUUUUAUUAUUGUAUUUAUUGCCUUGAUAUGGUUUUGGUGUCGAAGACGUAGACGAUUUUCUAAAGUUCCUCCUAAACAAGUUGGAAACUAUAAAAUUACUCCUAUUAUAAAUGAUAUCUCGGAAGGAGUCCAAAGAACUAAUUAUUCAGAAAAAGAUCAAUCAUAUAGUGUUGGAGAAACUGAUUUUAAUAAAGGAGGAUACAGAGGAUGGGGUGCUACAGGUACACCUACUAAUAAUAAAUCACCUUUUUCAAGAAAUCAAAGUUUAUCAUCUACUAAUGUAUCUCCUGCAUAUCAAAAACCGGAUUACUAUUUUUCUGGAGACAAUGCUGAAAAAGAUUCAAAGUUAGCAGCUUCUAAGUAUGAGGUUCAAAAUUCCAAAUCUCUUGAAUCUAGAAAUUUGCACGCGCAAAUUUUUAAUACUAGCAAAAAUUCAAAUUAUAGUACUUCUCCUUAUUCUUUAAAUUCACAAAAUACCAUGGAUUCUUUCAAUCGAAAUGCAGCUCUUCUAGAUUACGACUCAAAUGUUGCUAAAGAGAAUUUUUCUAAUAAGUUGUACAGUUAUUCGGAUAUUCCAAGGUCUUUGUCAACUAAUUAUGGAAGAUUUUCGGAAAAUAGGCGAAAUGGCUUUUUAAGACAAAAUCCUUCAACAUUUCAUAAGUAUUCUGAAAAGUCAGAAAUGCAUGAUUUUUCAAAAGGCUCCUAG